AUGUUGAGUUGCACAGGUGGAGAAAAUGAACAGUCAACAGACAUUAUCAGUGUUUGCGAAGGAGACUCCAUCAACAUAACUUGCUCAAUGGAAGAUUCGGAAAAUGAAAUGGCAGUGUCCUUGACAACUAGCAUUCAGCGCGUCAAUGUGGUAUUUCUUUCCAAGCAGAAUACUUCAUAUAUCCUUCCUGCUUUGGCUAAUCGCCUCAAAUAUUCAAAGGAAGGCAGGCAUGUCAGGAUAACUCUGCACAAUGUACAGGAAUCUGAUUCCAAUAUCUACAUAUGCACUAAGUUUACUAAAAAUGCAGGCCAUCACAAAAUGCUGAAGGGGAAGACAACCAUAGUAGUGGUGAAAGCAAAGACCAGUGGAGAUGUUGAACAGUCACCACUCUAUGCCAAUCCUCAGCAAGGCCAGUCUAUCAGCAUUACUUGUGCAUUGAAAAGCUCACAUGAAGAUGAAGCGAUCUUCUUGCUCAAGACUCAUGUGCAACCUGAAAUAGUGUUACAUGUUUCAAGUCAGAAUGGUUCAACUAUUUUUCCUGCUUUUGCUAAUCGCUUGGAAUAUUCAAAGCAAGAAAAGAAAAUAGUGAUAACUCUACACAACCUGCGGAAAAAUGACAGUGAUAUGUACUUAUGUGCUGGGGUGGUGAAAAAAUCCUCUUCCCUCUUAGUGAGUAGAAGUGGCACCAUGAUGCUGAUUAAAGAUGUGGAGCAGACAAACCGCAGUAAUAGUUCCUGGACCAUCUACGGUCUUAUCAUUGUGGUAGUGCUACUGUUUUCUGUGCUGACAAGUUGCAUCUUGUACCGUGUCAAUUAUUUCCAGAAAAAAAACCCAAAUGCAGUAUAUGAAGAUAUGUCUUACAGUUCUAGACGCAACACCUUGAUCAGAACCAAUACUUAG